AUGGCGCCAGAGUACACUACGUGGGAGAAGCUCCAGUCGAUCUACGACUCGGAGCAUUCGAAAACCAUCCUGAAGGAUCUCUUUGCUCAAGAUCCCUCCCGAUUUGAUAAAUUCUCUCGUACAUACGCGGACCCGGAUGACCCCUCGACGACCAUUUUCCUCGAUUUCUCCAAAAACUUGAUCACAGAACCCAUCUUGGAGACGUUGUUCUCAUUGGUCCGUGAGGCCGAAGUCGAGAAAGCUCGGGACGAGCUGUUUAGUGGCGCACACAUCAAUACCUCUGAGGAUCGUGCAGUUCUGCACAUUUCACUCCGUGAUAUCUCCAAGUCGUUCCAGAUCAAAGAGGCUGGCGUUGACGAGGUUGGCGAUGUCCUCCAGCACAUCAAGGAAUUCUCGAACGCUAUCCGCAGCGGUGAAUGGAAGGGUUAUACUGGGAAGCGCAUUAAUACCAUCGUAAACAUUGGAAUUGGUGGAUCCGAUCUUGGCCCUGUAAUGGUUACCGAAGCUCUCAAGUAUUAUUCCCAGCGCGAUUUGACCGUUCGCUUUGUUUCCAACAUUGACGGAACCCACCUCGCGGAGACGACCAAGGUCUGCGACCCCGAAACGACUCUGUUCAUUAUCGCCUCAAAGACCUUCACGACUCAAGAGACUAUCACUAAUGCUGUCUCUGCUCGGGAAUGGUUCCUAAAAGCGGCAAAAGACAAGUCUCACGUAGCUAAGCAUUUCGUAGCCCUCAGCACGAACACCAAAGACGUCACGGAGUUCGGUAUUUCCGAAAAGAAUAUGUUCAGAUUUUGGGAUUGGGUUGGUGGCCGUUAUAGUCUCUGGAGCGCCAUUGGUCUUUCAAUUGCAAUUUAUAUCGGCUAUGAUAACUUCGAGGAGCUCCUUAAGGGCGCUCAUGGGUUGGAUUUACAUUUCAAAGAAACGCCCCUUGAACAAAACCUUCCGGUGAUCUUAGCAGUGCUUGGAAUAUGGUACAACGACUUUUACGGUGCUCAAACCCACGCCCUUCUGCCGUAUGACCAAUAUCUGCACAAAUUUGCCGACUACUUCCAGCAGGGUGAUAUGGAAUCAAAUGGCAAAUUUGUCACAAAGGAUGGACAUCGCGUUGGCUACCAAACAGGGCCCAUCAUCUGGGGAGCCGCCGGCACGAACGGCCAACACUCCUUUUACCAACUCCUCCAUCAGGGAACGAAGCUCGUUCCGGCUGAUUUCAUCGCGCCUGCCACCUCCCUGAACCCGCUACCGAUCAACCACCAUCGCAUUCUCCUUUCUAAUUUCUUCGCUCAGCCUGAGGCGCUUGCUUUCGGCAAAACAGAAGAACAAGUCAGGAAAGAACUCGGCGCGAAUGCAUCUGAGGCGUUGAUCAGGAGUAAGGUGUUUGAGGGAAACAGACCGAGCAAUUCGAUUUUGUUCCCCAUCUCAACUCCUCGUAUCCUCGGAGCGCUGAUUGCGCUAUAUGAGCACAAGAUUUUCGUGCAGGGCGUUAUCUGGGGAAUCAAUUCCUUUGACCAGAUGGGUGUUGAACUAGGGAAAGUGUUGGCCAAGAACAUUCUUAAGCAGCUUGACAAGCCUGAAGACGUUACGGGGCAUGACAGUUCGACCACGGGCCUUAUUCACUGGUACCAGAAACACCGCAAAGAAUAG